CCGCAUGGGAACAAUGUCCAGUACUAAACAAUGUGUUGGACGAGUGCCCAACGCGGACUCAGUGAACUCGGCAAGUAGCGCAUAUAUAAGCCUGGAAAGUCCCCAGUUCGGGGAGUCUGCUCCGGGUUGCAUUAAUCGCUGAGCGUGGGUCACAGGCAGCAUCUCCACAGAACUGACGGCUCCCAGUUCCAGUAAUCCGUGGAAUCCGGAUCAUGGCAUGGUGGUGGGCCCUGAACGUGCUAUGGACUGUUGGAAUCCUGGGUCGGAGUAUGUCAAGACCCGGGUCGAAAGUAAAGCACGAGGCCGGCGCUCUGGGGCAGAUCGUCAGCUGGGAAACCAGUGACCAAGAGCGAAGGCAGGACAAUUUUACAUGCCCCUCCGGGCAACAAUGUGACAUUAUGACUAUCACCAGCAAUUGCACGUUAUAUCAGUGCAAAGGCAUUUUUGAAGACGCAAACACCACAGUGGCCCCGGGCUGUGUACUGACUAUUCACACCUGGGUGAAUAUGUGUUCCCAAGGACAAUGUCAUGAGGGUGGUAUUGAAUGGACUACUAUUAUCACCAACCAAGAAAUGAAGAUUACCAAUGGGACGCCAAUUACUGGCAGAGGCCCAAUGGACUGGUUGAUCAGGAAAGAGUCUCGUAUCCCGAAACAUCAACCGCCUUCGACGACAUCGUUAUUUGACGUUAGAAUAUGUGUCGGUGACAGCACUAACUGUGGGGUAUGCGAUGUUGUAACAACUGUACCAAAGGUACACCACACGCACCUGGCCCCUAUAGCGUCGACUUGUCAGACCAUGGCCAGCACCGCCGCACAAACCAAUGUACAUUGGCAAGUCCGACUGCCAGUCAUACCCGAAUGUAACCCUAAACGGCGACGACGGGCGUGGUACGAUACCUUGUUAGGAGGGGCAGGGACAGUAAUGGGGAUAUCCAAUGCCAUAGACUCUGAAGUGACCCGUGCUAAAUUAUCCAGUACGGGGCAAGCAACUGCACAAGGCCUGUACACUAUUGGCCGAUGGAUGCCGUCGGCCAUGAUGACGCAGGAAGAGACUGCACGAAUUUUGCUGCAUUCCUUAAAAUGGGAAUUGGACGUGUGGGAUUCGACUCAACGGCUGUUCCAAAAUUUUACUGUACAGAUGAACUGGACAAUUUGCGGUAUCCAAAUGCUGCAUGCACAUUUGCAAAAAGAACGAUUUUUACGAAUAGUCACUUCGCCUAAUGUUCAGGCCUGGCGAGGGGUGUGGAACGUAUCUGAGAAAUUAUGGAUGAACACCUAUCCGGACAAAACAUGGUGUAAUGCAACGCUGUGUAAAGGACAUUUUGUAACCUUGAAUGUAACUGAUUUUGUGACGGUGUGCCGAUAUUACGUAUUGCCGGUCAUUACAUCUGAUGGAUAUUACUUUCUCAAAACAAAAGGGAAUUGGUUCAGUCCGGACACCAAUCUUACCUAUGACUUGUCCGCGUGUGAGCAGGCGGAUCAAGGAAAGGCCUGUCUGUUGAUGGAUCGAUAUCGAGACCCGUGCCUUACAGAAGACACGGCUUUGUGUGAAUGGAUGAUUGAGGCACCCCGAGAUAUGAUGUGGCAGAUUGGUCCCCAUACGCUCUGUGUGGCCACUAGUCAUGCCCAUGCCUUACUCCCGACGACCCCUUUUUCAGGUUGCCUUACUGGCAUCUAUCGAUGGCGGUGGCAGAACCAUACUUACCUAUUGACCAAUUACAGCGGAACGCAACACCUCACCACUAUGCAGUGGCAGGUAUGGCUGCACCCUUGGAGUAUCUCGCUAGAGCGUUUUAAACAGGCCCUCGAUCGCUCGGAAGAGCUAAAGCAGAUAUUGCGACAACAUCAAAUCAAUGUUACCCGGGUGACUGUGUCCACCUUUAUACAUGGCCAAAAGGUAGUACACGCUGCUCAUGUAGUAGAGGUGGAAUCCGCCCAUCACUGGUGGGAUCUGUUCAAUGGGCUGUCAACUACGGCACGACGUUCCCUAUUUCCUCCGUUGUUCAUUUUAAUCGGAGUUUUAGUGAUUCUGACCUGUUGUAAUAUACUGACCUGUACGUAUGUUUGCCGUGUGCGGCAGCAACUGGAACAAAACAUGUACAUGUUAUAACAAUGUAUUGCUUAUUAUUAUGUAUUUGUAUAAUCGUUACAUGUAUUGGGCCAAUCAGUGGAAUGUAAUAUAAGGGGUUAACAUGGUGUCCCAAUACAUGCAAGAUUGGAUCCAGGCACCAGUUGACCUUGAACACAAGACGUUGCUAAGAGACUUCCUGUUAUCUACUGAAGGGAGUCGGAGCCGAAACCGCAUGGGAACAAUGUCCAGUACUAAACAAUGUGUUGGACGAGUGCCCAACGCGGACUCAGUGAACUCGGCAAGUAGCGCAUAUAUAAGCCUGGAAAGUCCCCAGUUCGGGGAGUCUGCUCCGGGUUGCAUUAAUCGCUGAGCGUGGGUCACAGGCAGCAUCUCCACAGAACUGACGGCUCCCAGUUCCAGUAAUCCGUGGAGUAAGUAUAUAGUCAAUUAUGCCAGACCCGUUGUGAGUAUUGGAUCUGGCUUCUAUCCUAUGUAAGCUAGGUAGGAAACAAGCAAAAUAAAAUAAUAUUAUCCUAGCAA